ACACUACUUGGACAUAGCAUAUUUUGGCGCCAAAAAUUAGCGGAGAUCAAGCAAAAAAGAAAUUGUGUGUAAAACAUAAUCCAAAGUUGAUCGACAAACAUGAGUUUCUCGCGCAGUGCUCUGCGGUAUGCGCACACCAAUGGAUACACGGGCCUGCUCUACACUCCGCGCGGCGAGUUCAUCAUCACGUGCGGAACAGACGGAGACAUCCGCCACUGGACUUGCAUCAGUGAUGACGAUCCUCGAUCCAGUUGCCUGGGCGAAUUCGUCAUGUGCAUCGCCCACACGGGCUCCCGUCUUCUGGCCUCCACGGAUCGCAACACAGUCCACGCGUACACCUUUCCGGAGAUGGACAGCGACGGCAUCCUCAUGCGAUUUACGGCUCCGGCAACGUGCCUCAAAGUUUCCGGUGGAUACACGGCUGCUGGCAGCGAGGAUACCACCAUAAAGGUGUUAAAAGGAGAUACAGCUGGGAACGAUACUGUUCUGGAGGGUCAUACGGGUCCAGUUUUGGGCCUCGACAUGUUUGCGGAGCGAAAACUCUUGGUCUCCGUGGCCGGAGAUGGACAGCUAAAGGUCUGGAACUUCGAGGAUGGCAAAGAGCUGAAAACCAUCGGUGGUCUGCCCAAAGUAAACAGUUUUGAAAACGCCACACUCUAUGGCACCCCCAAUUUUGAACCAAAGAGCGGUGAACUCCUCGCAUACGCAGUGGACAACGAGAUUGUGGUCCUCAACACGGCCAACUGGGAGGUGGCCUUUAAGCUGCGCGACGACUCGGUAUCCAGCAACUACAGUUGCUGCCAAUUCUCGCCCAAUGGUGAACGACUGGCAGCCGGAACAACGAAGGGCGAGAUAAGCAUCUUUGAUGUGAAGAAACGCAAGGCGAUCGCAGUGGAGACGCCGCCUAACGACUGUAAUUCGAUUACCUGCCUGGCCUGGAAUCUUUCGGGGGAGGAAGAGGUGGCCUUCUGCGACGCCACUGGCCAGCUGGGAACUGUGUUUCUCAGUGAUGCAACCGAAGCAGGCGGUGGCGAGGGAUUGGUGGAUGACCAGGCUGAGCUUAUGGAUGAUGACUAUGAAUUCGCGGCUGGCGACGACUUGGAGGCCGCAGCUGAUGAUGGCGAUGGUGUGAGCCUGGAGCAACUCAAACGCAAGGUGAUGAACUUCGCCAAUCCCGUGGACAACGAUGAUGCCUCAAACCAAUCGUUGGCCAGUAGCAGCAGGACUGCUCCGGUUGAAGUUGCUCCGCAAAUCAAGCUUUUUAAGCAGCAGGCGGCCUUUCAGCCGAGUGCCACGCCCAGCGAUCUGGAGCACCGAUAUAUGGCCUGGAACGAUGUGGGCAUUGUGACCGCCCAUGUGGAGCCCUCGGGCGAUGGCGCCAUUGACGUGGAGUUUCACGAUGCCAGCAUCCACCAUGCCCUCCACAUCAGUAACUAUAAUCAACACAAUUUGGCCAGCUUGAGCAGUGGAGCCCUGGCCCUGGCCUCCAACGAGUCCAGCAAGCUGGUGGUGAUUGCUCUGGCCGCUGCCGGCAACAAGGAGUGGUCGCUUAGUCUGCCGGACUGCGAGAGUGUGGAUGCCCUUGUUGCAACCAGUCAUCUAGUGGCCGUGGCCACCAGUUCGAGUUUCCUGCGCAUUUUCACCGUGAUGGGCACACAGCGCGAGGUGCUUACCAUUCCGGGACCCGUGGUGGCUCUGGCCGGACACGAGCACAGCCUGUUGGUGGUUUACCAUAGCUCUGCACCCAGCCAGACGCAGCAGCACCUCUCCGCCAUGCUGGUCAACAUAAAUGGUCUGAGCCUGCGGCAGGAACACUUUCCCGUGCCGCUGACUCCUGGUAGACAGCUUGCCUGGUUGGGAUACAGUGACACCGGAUCGCCGAGCAUCGCCGACAACAUGGGUCUGCUGCAGUUGUACCGAAGGAGCAGCAACGCUUGGUUCCCCAUCUGCGACACCAUGAAGCAGAGCACCAGCGUAUCGCACAACUAUUUUGUGGUUGCGGUUUCCGAGCGACGUCAGAUAGUCCAGGCGGUAUUGUGCCGUGGAACCUCCUACCCCAUGACCAAUCCGCGACCAAUGCUUCAAGAGCUACGUAUCCAGUUCCCCCUGUGCGACAUAGAAGUGGAAAAGUCCGAGCUAGAGGAUGCCCUGCUGCGAUCGAGCCUCUUGCAAAUGGAGGGUGCGGAGAAGGUGCAGAAGGAAACGGCCAUUAAGUUGUUUGCCCUGGCCUGCAGCAGUGAGUGUGAGACGCGGGCUAGGGAGCUGAUAGAGUCGAUCGCAUGCACGGAUCUGCUCCAACUGGCGGUGAAGUAUGCCACCAAGCGCGGGCGCAUUCACCUCUCCGAUCGUUUGUGUGAAUUGCUGCCGCAAUUGGAGGCUGUCCAGGAGGCCCGCAAGCAGCAGACUUUGUUGGGAGCCAGUGGAAUUUCUGCCACCAUUGUCCUGCCCAUGACACCAACAUCUGCCUCGCAGAGCGGUCCCAAGCCCAAGACUAUUGAACUGAGCUCGGCCAAGCGGGGUACCUCGAAGAGAUUAGCCAACUCCCCCAAUAUGUUUAAAUCGGCGUCGGCAUCAAGUCGCCCUUCGACUCCGGAUAUUACACCCUCUCCGUUGGAUACCCAAGAAAACAUAUUUGGCGAAUCCGAAUCCGAGGUUCCUAUGGGAAAAUCCCCGGAUCUGAGGACUCCCCUCAAUUCGGUCAACCCCUUUGCUAUGAAGCGCAAACUAGGCGACACUGGUGUCAUCUUUGGGUCCGAGAAGCUGAAGCUGGCCAAAAAGUAGGGGUUUGUUUACAUUGUUAAGUAGCUCUAAGCCUUAAUUCUAAAUAAAAAAAUAUUCAAUAAAUUCAAAA